AUGCCUCCGAAAAAGCAGGACAAUGCCCCUAAGAAGAAGGCCACUGUAGAUGACAAGACUUUUGGUAUGAAGAAUAAAAAGGGAGGGAAAGCACAGCAACAAAUUAAGCAGCUAGAAGCCCAGGCCAAAUCAAACAAGUCCCUAGACGAAAAGCGAAAAGAGGCCCUGAAAGAGCAGAAAGAGAAAGAGAAGGCUGCCUCUGAAGCUGCCAAGAAAGAAGCUGCAGAAUUAUUCAAGCCGGUUCAAGCGCAAAAAGUACCUUUCGGUGUCGAUCCCAAGACCGUACUAUGUGAGUUCUUCAGGAAAGGUACCUGCGAAAAGGGCAAGAAAUGUAAAUUCAGCCAUGACCUAGACAUUGUCCGCAAAACACAGAAGAGGGAUCUCUACGUCGAUGAGCGUCAGCAAGAGAAGGAGGAGAAGGAGAAGGACAAGAUGGACGAUUGGGAUGAAGAGAAGCUACGCCAAGUCGUCCUCAGCAAGCAUGGUAACCCACGUACUACAACCGACAAGGUCUGCAAAUAUUUCAUUCAGGCUAUCGAGGAAGGCAAAUACGGCUGGUUCUGGACGUGUCCGAAUGGUGGUGACAAAUGCAUGUAUAAACAUUCGCUGCCUCCUGGAUUCGUGAUCAAGACGAAAGAGCAAAGGGCAGCUGAAAAAGCACUCAUGGACAAAUCGCCUCUGAGCACUUUAACCCUAGAAGACUUCUUGGAGUCUCAGCGGCAUAAACUUGUCGGCAACUUAACCCCGGUGACGCCUGAGACUUUUGCCAAGUGGAAGAAGGAGCGCCUCGACAAGAAAGAGGCUGAAAAGGCUGCAUUGGCUGCCAAAGACGCCACUGGUCGAGCACUAUUCGAAAGCGGCAAUUGGAAGGUCGACUCUGAUGCAGAAUCGGAUGAGGACGCUGACGAAGAUGACGACGACGAAGAGGACCAGGACGAUCGUUGGAAUCUAGAGGCUAUGCGCAAGGAGACUGAACGUCUUCAGAUGCAACGAGAGGAAGAGAGACUACUACGAGGCUACGCUGGUGGUGAGCAGGAAGAAAGUGGUGAACCCAGCAAUGCGCCGAGCAUAAACGGCGACGUAAAGAACGAAGGAGAUGGUUGA